CCCUUCCUACAAAAAACCAGUAAACCCAAAAAUAUAAUUUGUGCAAAGAGUUAACUAACACUAGACAGCUGUUUGUGUAAGGUGUGUCCACACCAUACACAAAAUACUCGACACUGAAAAUUAUUUGUCGUUCAUUUUUGCAUCAUAUACGUAAACAAAGAAAAUACGCCACAACAAACAAGCCGCUAAAUCCAAUACCAAAGCACGCGAAACGUUGACAUUUCGCUGCAGCAAAAGCAAAUCGAAGUCGAACAAGAAGAAGAGAGCAGAAAAGUGAAAAAAGGGACGACGUCAAAUCAGAGUUACAAAAAUGUCGGCGCACAGCGGAGGUACGGAUUGGAAUACGGUUGUAAAACCUCUAUUAACAAAUCGUACAGGCGCUUUAAAUAAAAAUGAAAUAUGCAAUAUAUUAAAAGCGAUUACCAGAUGUGAACAUGAUUUUUUCGAUGACGAAAGCAAUUACACGCAAUUUUACACCGCGUUUGCGGCUCUGGCGGCCGAUAAGCUCAUGCAAAUCAAGUCAAUUUGCCAGACGCAAAUCGCACAGUUGCACGAUGCGAGCGCGAUUCUCAUACGCUUCAUACUUUUCCGCCUUCCGAAAGUGUCGGUCUAUGAAAUCAAAUGGUUGCUGGUGGCACUCAAAAUGCUAUGCGAGGGCCGCGAACACGCUGCAAAUGGCUCUGGGGCUGCACAAUUCGAUUACAAUGGCGUCGCUGCGGUGCUCAAGAGUGCCAAACACCCCGAGUCCAACAGUAAGAGCAGCAGCAGCAGUGGAGGUGUCAGUAGCGGAGGAAGUGGCGCAGCUGGCUCAGAAAAGGAUUCACCAAAAUCUGAUAUAAAACGAUCACGGUCCGAUCUUUCUUCAGUGAUAUUGCAACAACUAUUGGCACCUUUGGAGCCAGGCAAAAUGACCUGGGUGCCACUAAGCGAAGAGAUCAGCGAUUGCACCGAGCAAUUGCUGGCAGCCAAUGUGGAAUAUUUUCGGGAUCAGCAAGGUGUGGAUACGCUACUCGAUGUGGGCGUUGCAUUACCCAUAUUGAAUCGGUAUCGCUCCAAAUACCAGGAAACUGUGGUUGGUGGCAAGACGCUGUAUUUGCCUUUGACCCAAGUGGAGGCCAGCAGCGUUAAAGCGGCCAUGACGCACAUGCUCACCGAUCUCUCGAUAUUGGCACAAGCGCAUUCUUUAAUUGCGCUGCAACCCUUGACUCCCAGUCGCAUUGAGAAGCUGUCGGUGUGCGGCAUUGCAGCCUUGUAUAACGCCGUAUUGACUUCGAUAGCAGCCAGCGUGUUGAGCAUGAGCCAGGCCAGCGGCAGCUCACAGAAACAACAACCAACAUCUUCAGCUGCAUCGAGCAGUCAAACAACUGCAGGAGGCAGUAAGGAUCACGAUGAUUUCGAGGAGCAAGCGUGCAGCAUUGUCAACAAGGCGCUAGAGAUUUACACGAGCAUUGGCGAGAUGUUUAAGGCCUCGGCACGCAUGCAUGUCUAUCAGAACCAUCUAUGCUACGGCUCCUGGCUGCUCAUCAGCGGCAUACAGGGUGCCAUGGGCGCCUCCGGCAGUAGCAGCAGCAGUACAGCUGCCAAAGCAGCCUCAACAAGUGAAACAACGGCGCCAAGCACGCCCAUUGCACGAGUGAAUUUAUUCAAGGUGCAGCAAGGAUUUGGCGAAUUGAAUGCCGCAAUUGCCAAUCACAGCAUUAAAUUGCUUUCCGAGCUAAUUGAUGAUCUGAAAAUCGAGGCGGCCUGCAACGCUGGCAGCUCAACAAGUGCCACCAACAGCGGUCUCGAUGUGGAGGCAGCACAAUUUGAUAUACUGCAAAACUACAGCGCCUUGCAGCGCAUUGUGCGUGUGCUAAACACGGCAACGCUGCAUCAAUUAUUCACCUUCUUGGCCACUGUGGCAUAUCGCAAGGCGUGCACGUUGAAGCGUGCCAAUACCAAAGAUCGCACCGAAUGCGAGCCAAUUAGUUUCUCGGAUUCAACCACAUACUUCAAUGAUUCGUUGUCCUGUUCCGACAACUCGGAGGAGGAUGACAGCGAGAGUUACUUGGGACAUUGGUUCAAGGAGACAUUAUCGCCAGAAACACACGACGAUAAUGCCAAUAACUGUGCGCAGGAGCGCAACGGUGAUCAGAAGUCGGCAUUGGUGCCAAAAUUAGAUGAACCACAUGAGUACUUGGAUCUGGCAGCGGAUAUAUUUUGUUUCCUCGAUCAGUUUCUGGCCAAUCGUCAUGCUUACAUGCAACGCUAUGUGAAGGCGGGCGUCAGUGAUCAGCAGAUGCUGCUGAUGGCCAACAUUAUCAAGGACUUUGAUCGCGAUGUUAUGCGCCAGGAGAGUGGCGGAGGCAACACUGGCGGUGCAGGCGGGGAGGCUAACUGCUCCAAUUGGCAGACAGCCAUGAUACGUUUCUCAGGCGCCGCUGGACGCUAUAUACACAAUUUGAUCUCGACAUCGCUGCUGUCGGAGCAGCUGCAAUCGAAUCUCUUGCAGCAUUUGUCGAUCUCCCCGUGGUCCACCGAUACCAAUAGCUGGCCACUACAAGUCUAUCCCAGCACGUUAUCGGUGCUCGUGCAAAUUUUAUUAUUGAAGCCCACGCAGGAAAAGGAAGCGGCUUGCUUAUCGGUUUGGCAUCGUUUGAUCAACACGCUUGUUGAGGGCGUUUGCUCAACAUCUUCGUCGGCCAGCGAUACGGACUUUGAGGAUCUCAAUAUUGAGCACGCCCAGCUGUUAUUAUUCCUCUUCCAUUCGCUUAACUUGAUGCAAAAGAAGUCCAUAUUGCUGUUGACAGCUGGCGGCGUUAUUCGCUGUGCUGAUGUUUGUCGAAGCAUCGGCGUGGAUCGCACAGUUCGCAACAGCCAGAUGAUGCUGCUGUCGCGGCUGUUACUCUUCUUGGAGUAUCUCAUGAAGCAUCUGUACAAUGCACCACCCGAGUUGCUCGAUCAGGUGCGAUGGAAUCUGUUUAGCGUCAGCAGCAUGCCGGAUACGCAAAAGAUUACGGAUCUGCUGAACAGUCGUACCAAGCUGACUUCGUAUUGUCGCCAGGACAUUGAGGAGAAGUUCCGCAAGUCACCUGCAGGCGAUUACAAUUCAAACAUUCGCCCCACUUUCUACUCACUGGUCACAACGGAUCCGUCGAAACCGCAUUGGUCGCAGGAAUUCAAGCUGGAUGGCCUAGCCUGGAACUUUAUCCUGUGCACACCGGAUAAACUCAAGUAUCCGCUACUAGUGGAUGCUUUGAUUGAUAUACUGGCCAUUACGGAUAUGUCGGCGCAUGCCAGAGACAAGGAUAAUCUGCACAAUCUGUGCGCCAUGCAGUAUUGCUUCAGCGUGGCCUGGAAACUUCUGUUGGGUCUGCCACCAUCCACUUCGCAUGUGGAAUCGCUGAAGAGCGAGCGUGCGCCCAAUUUACACUCGCUUAUUUGGAGCAUUCGUUGCCCUUUGGCCAACUCACACUAUCUGGUGGUCAAUAGUCUAAUCAAGCAGGGCAUGUACACGCAGUACGCGGAGUCGCUGUGGGGUCAGGUCGGAGAUCGCGCCGCUGAUAUUCGCUACAGUCUCAAGCAGACGUCGCUGGGCGUAGAGGCUUUCAACAAGCUGCUGAACAAAGCCUCCAAUCCUCGUCUAUCGGAUCUCAUACUGUUCGAUGCACUGGUCGCGCACAUGCAAGCUGUGGCCUGGGCGGACAAGGAGGGCUACAAACUGCAGCGCAAGGAGAGCGACAGCGAAAGCAUCACUUCGGAGAGCAGGGAACGCGACAGUUCCAGUGCUGCCAAUGAUCCAGAGGUUUAUUCCUCCAGCGAGUCCAUCGAUGAUCCGCAAUCCAAGCUGACCGAGGACAGCAUAUUAACACCCGGCGAGCUGCUGGAACGCACCCAGUUAAGCAAUGAACUGCUCAUGAAGUUGAUGGACUCGUACACACUCAUCUCGAACAUUGUGCGCGCCCAGAUGUUGAAGCAGCUGUCGAGUACAACGCCAGAGCAGGCGCUCAAUUUGAUUGUGCCGGUGGUGAGUGAUAAGCCAGCCAUAAUGCUGGAGUUGCAUGCGGCCUUCUUAAAGCUGUUGCCCAACGAGGACAAACAGCUGAUUGCCAACGAGUGGCCCAAAUGCUUGCUGGUUAACGAUGAUGCCUUCAAUGGCAAACAACAUCCCGUCGAGCCAUACACUCUGAAUGUUAUCGAUGCACACAUCACAGAAUUGACAAAAUCCACAACAUAUUCAACGCUACACACUCUAAAGCAUUGCUUGAAGUCCAUACUUCAUCUGCUGGAGCUGUUGCUGCCGUUCUGCACAGCAAUUGGCGAGGUGGAAUCGCAAUUAAAGCCGCUGCUUAUUGCUUCCAUGAUGGACAUGCGUACCGAUUAUCUGCAGAGCCAAAGCGAACAAUGUCUGCGCGAAAUGCUCCAUGGACUGACCAACGAGGCACAUAAACAGCUGCUCUUUGAGCACAUGAUUGGACACUGUUAUCACAUGCUAAUCGAUUUUGCCGCGGAGUUGCGACAGCCAACAACGACAAUUACAGCUGGAGAGCAGCAGGAACAGCGAGCGCUGUUUAACGAAUCGAUGCUUUUUGCGGUGCUGAAGACCAUGAUCAAGAUGCUCGAUGUCCCAACUGCUGUACAGGCAAUGCGUCAAUUCUUUAAGGAGCAGCGCGCUGGCAGCCUGACGACUUUGUUGCUCAGUUUCACGGGCACCACGCUGCCAUUGAGUUAUGCCCGCAAAAUGCUGCAGUUUGUGGAGCGUUUGUUUGAGCAAUCUUCUCAGCCGGAUGCACACUUUCAGCACGAGGAGUUGGUCGAGUGCUUCGCAGAGCUGGGCACCGUGGAUGUGGCACGUUUGAAGCUCUGGUUGGCGCACAUUAUUUACGGUCCCAAUGUGGUGAAUGCGGCGGCCAACAGCAGCAGCUGUGAAGCGUCAUGCAAGCUGUUGACCAGCGUUAUGCAACCGUCGAGCAGCUCGAGCAGCAAUGCCCAGACACCCACGAAUAUGGCCACAGUUUCGGCCAUGCCCAGCAUCUCGGAUCAACUGGAUGCCAUGGACAUUGAUUAUGAUUGCGCAGGAAAUCCAGCACCAAAUACAUCGCAAAUCUUGAGCCUUUGGCAGGCCGCCAAUCAGCCCAAUAAUCAAUCGGAGGAGGAUUCAUCGCAGGCCUGCGACCAACAAGCAAACACAGCGACAACACAUCGCAAUGGUGCGCUGCUUUUAAGUUUCAUCAAGUCGUUAGUGCGCGAUCAACCAGCGGCUGCCCAAUUGGCUGCGCCACUCUUCCAAGCGCUGCUGCAACUGGGACAAACAUUGAUUACGCCGCCACAAGAUGGCUGCGACUUUGCGGAUGUGCUGCAGAUAAUGAUUACACUGGCAGAUGCGGCGCCAGCACGUGGUCAUGUGGCCCUCUUCAAUACCACGUUGCUGUGGCUUGAACUGGCUAAGUUGCAGCUGCCGGACAAGCAACUGCGUCACGCCGAGAAUGUGAGUGCACUACUCAAAUAUCUGAGCGAAUUGUUGCAGGGCAUCGGCUAUCGUGGCAGUCGCCAGCAUAUGCCGCCGUGGGAUGAUGAGCUGCAGCUGGACAUUGACGAGCUGUUCGAUGAAUUGGCCGAUGAGCAGCAGGAGCAGGAUUCGCUGCUCGAUGACUCCGAUGAGGAUACGCUGAACAAUAAGCUCUGCACGUUCUCGCAAACGCAAAAGGAGUUCAUGAAUCAGCAUUGGUAUCACUGCCACACUUGUAACAUGAUUAACACGGUUGGUGUGUGCUCCGUUUGUGCACGUGUCUGCCACAAGGGGCAUGACGUCAGCUACGCCAAGUAUGGCAACUUCUUUUGCGACUGCGGCGCCAAGGAGGAUGGUUCGUGUCAGGCGUUGAGUCGUCGUCUGCCCACAAGUGGCUGUGAUUCGCGAGAUGGCUACGUUGCUGCUCACAUGAGUCUUUUGGCGGCGGGCAAGAAGCGUUCGAUGCCGCAGACACAGCUGCGCAAGGAUUCAUUAAGUAACGAGCGCAUUACGCUGCUUGGCAAGUUGUUGGAACCGCAUCGCGACGCACUGCAGCAUCCGGAUCAAUGGCUGCUAGUUGUGCGCUGCAUCUUGGAGUAUUUCGAUGUGUUGCUGCCAUCGAUACGCGAGAAUUGCACGCUCUACUCCAUUGUCGGCUGUCACAAGCGUGCCACGGCCGCUUUGGAGCGACUGCAUCAACUGGAUCAAAGUUUCCAGGUCACAGAUCAAUUGAUGUUUGCCACACUCGGCUCACAGGAGGGCGCCUUUGAGAAUGUGCGCAUGAAUUACUCUGGCGAUCAGGGACAAACCAUCAAGCACUUGAUUUCAUCGGGUGUGGUGCGUCGUGUGGCCUUCUGCUGUCUAUCGUCGCCGCAUGGCCGGCGUCAGCAGCUGGCCGUGUCGCAUGAGAAGGGCAAGGUGACCAUACUGCAGUUGUCAGCGUUACUGAAGCAGGCGGAUGCCUCCAAGCGCAAAUUGACGCUCACCCAGCUCAGCUCGGCGCCCAUCGCUUGCACUGUGCUCUCGCUGGCCGCCAACCCAUGCAAUGAGGAUUGUCUUGCCGUGUGCGGACUCAAGGAGUGUCAUGUGCUGACCUUCUCCAGCAGCGGCAGCACCAACGAACACAUUGUGGUCACUCCACAGCUGGACAAUGGCAACUACAUAAAGAAGGCUGUGUGGUUGCCGGGCUCGCAAACGUUGCUCGCCUUGGUCACCUCGGAUUAUGUCAAGAUCUAUGAUUUGGCCGUGGAUACUUACAGCCCCAAGUACUAUUAUCUGGUCGCUGUGGGCAAAAUCAGGGAUUGCACAUUCAUCUACCAGGAGGGCGCUUAUUAUAUGCUGACUUUUGCCAGUAGCGGUUACAUCUAUUAUCAGGCGCUGGACGAACAGAGUCUGGCCGUGCAUGGUGAUUUCUAUGUGACAAAUACGCUGGAGCUAAGCCAUCAUCACAUCAAGGAUGUCAAUGGACAGGUGGGCGGCGGAGGCGUCUCCAUUUACUAUUCGCAUGCACUGCAGUUGCUCUUCUACAGUUAUGCCAGCGGACGUAGCUUUGUCUCGCCGCUAACCAAUGUCAAUCAAGGUGUCAAAGGCAUCUACCAUCUGGAUACAAACUCUGCUGUGAGCAAGUCCUCCUCUAAGGGACCAUUGCAACCAUUGGUGCAGUGGACCGAGGUAGCGGGACAUCCUGGCUUGAUCUAUGCCAACAUGCAGACCUCAAACAAUCCGAUCAUAUUGAUGCUGACGCCAGAACUGAUCUACAUGCAGGAGAUCAAGGCACAGUCGGCCAAGUCGCGCAUCAUGGACGUGGUGGGGAUACGCCACUCGGUGGCAGGCACCGAGAAGACAACCCUGCUGUUGCUCUGCGAGGAUGGCAGUCUGCGCAUCUUCUCUGCCCAACCAGAGCACACGAGCUUCUGGUUGUCGCCGCGGGUGCAACCGCUGGGCAAUCAACUGUAUUCGGCCACGCUGCUGGCCAAGAGCGGAAGUACUACAACGGCAAACAAUCCCAAAUCGAAGCCUAACAAGCUGCCUCGAAAAUCCGCAGGCGGACAGCAGAAACAACUGACUUCGGGCGGUGUGCCCGUCUUUCCCAUUGAUUUCUUCGAGCACUGCAACAUGCUGGCUGAUGUCGAGUUCGGUGGCAACGAUUUGCUGCAGAUCUACAACAAGCAGAAGCUCAAGACGCGACUCUUCUCCACGGGGAUGUUUGUGGCUAGUGCGCGAGCGAAUGGCUUCACCCUCGAGGUGCUCAACAGCGAUCCCAACGUUGUGAUGGUCGGCAUACGUGUCCUCCUCGGUACCCAGGAUCCACAGCGUGCACCGCAAUCGGUGAGUAUUCUGGGACGCACGAUUCCAACGCCUGUGCGACGUGCUCGCUGGUUUGAUAUACCGCUGACGCGUGAGGAAAUGCUGCAGUCUGACAAGCUGCUCAAGGUGUGCUUUGCCAAGUCACAGGAUCCGGAGCAUGUGACGUUGCUCGAUUGCAUUGAGGUGUACGGCAAGUCAAAGGAGCUCGUGGGUUGGCCCGACGAUAGCGAAGAGUUGCCCGCAGCCAAUGGAGGUGUUGGCAACAAUGCGGCCACAGCGAUUGCUUCGCCAGCGAGUGCAGCCAACUUUGGCGAGGGCUUCAAUUGCAUCACACAACUGGACAGAAUGUGCACACAUUUGCUGGAGGUGCUCGAUUGUGCGCUGCAUCUGCUCGGCAACGGAGGCGCUGUUGCCAGCGCCAUGCGCCAGAAGGCGGUGAAGACAGCGAGUGCAUUGUUAUUGCUGCCCACACCGAAUCCUGUGCAGACCCAAGCACGCUACGUGCUGGCCACGCUCUACGGCAGUCGCAGCUCCUAUCACAGCUACAAGGAUGGUGUGCUGCUGCAGUUUGUGCACGGCGAGCUGCAGGCCAUGCAACCGAAACUCGCACAGCUCGACACAUUGCAAGACAUUGACCCAGAGGCCUUUUAUCGCUUGAUUCUGCUAGUGCGCGGAGUGGCCAAUGCGCGUCCUCAAUCGCUGGCGAAGAUCUGUGCCGAAUGCAACUAUGAUAUUGUGCCGUCACUAAUGGCCAUUGUGCUGGAGCUGCAUAAGGUUACGCCGGGACUGGAUGAACCCACGAAUAUUGUACGACGCGGUCUGUGCCAGGCUGAGACCAUCGUGCAUUGUCUGGUGGAGAUUAUGUAUGGCUUUGCGCUGGCCGAUGCCAGUCAAGUGGGUCGCAUGACCAAAUACUUUAUUGGACUGCUAAAGCACGACGCCAGUGUGAUAAGCCACAGCGCCAAGGAGGCGCUCAUCUUGCUGCUCAGUCCGCGCAUGAAGCGACGCAAGCCCGCCGUGGUCUCCACGCCACCAGCUUGCUCGACGCCCACACCUUCGACGUCCGCCAUCAGCAGCAGCAAUCUGAGCGCACUUCAAGGUGCUGCCUCCCAGGCAGCCAGCGACAUCAUCGAGGAAGCAGCUGCUGCGGCUGUGGAUGCCGCCGCUGUGGCUGUUGCUGGUGGCAAUGCUGGAGCGGAUGCCAAUGCACUGCUCGAAGGAGAUGCAGCUGGCGGACAACAGCAACAGCAGCGUUUGAGUUUCAUGGGCUUUGGCUUCCCGCGGCUGCUUGGACUGCCCGAGGAUGCGGAUGAUGAUGCCAUCAUGGACUUUGCCAUUGCCGUCAGUCUGCAGGAGAGUGCCGGUGAUCCGAAUGUGCCGCAAUCUGUGCAACAGGCAUUGGUGAAUUUGGCCCGCAUACGUUUGGGUGCCGCGGCUGCACCGGGUGCGGUUAGUGGCGACACAGCUGGCUCGGAUGAUGAUGAGGGCUCCAACGUAGCCACCGAUGGUUCCACGUUGCGCACGUCGCCCGCUGAACCCGCUGGCAGCGGAGGAUCCGAGAGCGGCGGCAGCGGCGUGGAGAGCAUUGGCGGCACCUCGGCGCGCAGCAGCAACUUUGGAGAUCAUGCGAAUGCAUCGCCGCCGCGCCAGGGCAAGGAUCAGGAUGCCGAGCAGCCGGGUCCGAGUGGCAGUUGCGUGGCCGCAUUGAGCGCCAUGAGCAGCAGCGAGGAUAACGAGAUCAACGAGGACGAGAAGCUCAGCAAGUUGCAUGAUCUAAGAAUUGCCGUGCUGGAAAGCAUCAUCGAGCAUCUGGGCACCUUUGAUCUGUGCAAUGGAUUACAGGCCAUACCACUCAUACAAGUUAUACUGAUGCUAACCACGGAUCUCAAUGGCAACAAUGAGCGUGAUCAGCAAGUGCUGCAGGAUUUGUUAGCCGCUCUAGUCGAGUACGUGGAGAUUGGCAAGCGAGGCGCAGCCACCAAGAUGGAAACCAAAUGCCCAGGCAACGAAGUGCGUCUUGCGCUACUUUCGCUCUUUGGCGUCAUGAUGGGCAAGACAAAGUCAAAGCAGACGGGCACCACAUCACCCCCGCAUCAGUUCAAGGACAACAGCUCCUUUGUGGCCAGCACCACAGCGAAUGUGCUGAGCAAGAGUGGAGCUUUUGUUUAUGCCUUGGAGGCGCUCAACACGCUUCUCGUGCACUGGAAGCAGGUGCUCGGCGAUCCUUAUGCUGCUGGCGGCGUCAGCGGUGCCCAGCCAGCUGCGGGCAAUGGAUCGAACAAUGGCAACGCAGGACAGUUGCUAAAGCCUAUUAAACACGGCCCCAAACCAGACAUAUCGAUACUCAUACCGCACAACUAUUUGAAGAACUAUCCCGACAUCUUUGAGUCGUAUGAUGCGCUGCUCACCGAGAUCAUUGUGCGUCUGCCAUAUCAGAUAUUGCGAUUAAGCAGCGCACAUCCGGAUAACUAUGACAGUGGCUUCUGUGAGGCAAUGACUUUCACGCUCUGCGAAUACAUGAUGCUCAAUCUGAAUGCAUUACUGCGUCGCCAAGUACGCAAGCUGCUCAUGUACAUUUGCGGCAGCAAGGAGAAGUUCCGCAUGUAUCGCGAUGGGCAUUCGCUCGAUGCACACUUCCGUGUGGUGAAACGCGUCUGCAAUAUUGUCAGCAGCAAGAAUGGCGCUCCUUACAAUGUCAAUCCGCCACUGCUGAGCUACGAUGCAUUGGUUGAGCUCACGGAGCAUCUGCGCACCUGCCAGGAGAUUAGCCAGAUGCGGACGGGCAACUGGCAAAAAUUCUGCGUGGUGCACGAGGAUGCACUCGCCAUGCUCAUGGAGAUUGCCUGCUAUCAGCUGGACGAUGGCGUCUCUCCCAUAAUCAUACAACUUUUGCAGUCCGCCGUCUGCAAUAUGCCAUUGCCACUGGCAACUGGCGUCAAGCAGCAACAGCAACAACAGUUGCAACAACAACAGCAGCAACAAGUGGCACAGCCCUCGACGAGCAGCAAGUUGCGCGGAGAGCGCGAGAAGAGCGAGGACACUGACACCGCCUACUACUCCAAAUUCGACCCGGCACAGUGCAGCACAUUUGUGCAUCAGAUCUUCCGCUAUGCCAGCGAUGCCCUCAUCAUACGCUUUGUGCGCAUCUUUUUGCUCGAGAACAAUGUGAGUCAGCUGCGCUGGCAGGCGCAUUCGUUUAUGACGGGUCUUUUCGAGCAUGCCAACGAGCGGCAGCGCGAGAAACUGCUCACCAUCUUCUGGAAUCUGUGGCCGCUGGUGCCGAGCUAUGGACGUCGCACUGCGCAAUUUGUUGAUCUGUUGGGCUACUUGACGCUUAGCACGCGCAGCAUUACGGAGCGACUGCCAGAGUUCGUGUCGCGUGCUGUCGAUGUGCUGCGCCAGCAGAACGAGCUGCUCUGCAAGCAUCCGAAUGCGCCCAUCUAUACAACUUUAGAGUCCAUACUGCAGGUAAAUGGUUAUUACCUAGAAUCGGAACCGUGUCUGGUGUGCAAUAAUCCCGAGGUGCCGAUGGCCAACAUCAAGCUGCCUUCGGUUAAAUCGGACUCGAAGUAUACGACAACCACAAUGAUCUACAAGCUGGUCCAAUGCCACACCAUCUCCAAACUGAUUGUGCGCAUUGCGGAUCUCAAACGCACCAAAAUGGUGCGCACCAUCAAUGUCUACUACAACAAUCGCAGCGUUCAGGCUGUUGUCGAGCUCAAGAACCGACCGGCGCUGUGGCACAAGGCGCGUUCCGUGUCCCUGCAGUCGGGACAGACCGAGUUGAAGAUUGAUUUUCCGCUGCCUAUAACAGCCUGCAAUCUGAUGAUUGAAUUCGCCGACUUCUACGAGACUGUCAGCGGUUCCAGCGAGAAUCUACAGUGUCCACGCUGCAGUGCAGCGGUGCCUGCGUAUCCCGGUGUUUGUGGUAAUUGUGGCGAGAACGUGUUCCAGUGCCACAAGUGUCGGGCCAUCAACUAUGACGAGAAGGAUCCGUUCUUGUGCCAUGCCUGCGGCUUCUGUAAAUAUGCUAAGUUCGAUUUCAGCAUGUAUGCGCGUGUUUGUUGCGCUGUGGAUCCAAUUGAGUCCGCGGAGGAUCGCGCCAAGACGGUUCAGUUGAUACACAGUUCGUUGGAGCGGGCGGAUCGCAUCUAUCGCCAGCUGUUGACCAACAAACAAAUGCUGGAAUUGCUCAUACAGAAGGUGGCCGAGCAUCGCAGCAGCGAUCGUUUGGUGGAGGACAACAUGGGCAGCGUGCACAGCACGUCGCAGGUGAACAAAAUCAUCCAACUGCUGGCGCAGAAAUAUUGCGUCGAGUCGCGCACUAGCUUCGAGGAGCUCAGCAAGAUUGUGCAGAAGGUGAAGGCGUGUCGCAGUGAAUUAGUUGCGUAUGAUCGCCAGCAACAGGAUCAGCCAGCCGCAACGCUUCCCUCUGGUGCUGAGGUGAGUCACACAACGAAUCGCUGCUAUGGCUGCGCCUUGGCAUCCACAGAACAAUGCUUGACGCUGCUGCGAGCCAUGGCCUACAACUAUGACUGUCGUGUGGGUCUCUACAGCCAGGGGCUGGUUAGCGAGCUGGCCGAGCACAAUUUGCGACGCGGCACACCACAGAUUCAAGAGGAGGUGCGCAAUCUGCUGGUGGUGCUCACCAAGGACAAUGCCGAGGCCUGUAUGCAUCUGCUGCAGUUGGUCACUGCGCGUGUAAAGAACGCGUUGAUGGGAUCCAUACCGUUGAUUAGUUUGGAGGCGGCUGUGCAUCAGGAGAUGACGCUGCUGGAGGUGCUACUCGGCCAGGACGAUGUGUGCUGGGAGUACAAGCUGAAGGUCAUCUUUGAGCUGUUCAUCAGCAACUGUCGUUUACCACGUGGUCCAGUUACCUCGGUGUUGCAUCCUUGUCUGCGCAUCAUGCAGAAUCUGAUUUGUCCUGCGCUGCCCAACAGCGCCAGCAAGAACAACAACAAUCAGCAGCAGCAGCAACAACAGUCGCAGCAACCACAGCAGCAACAACAGCAAUCACAACAAUCGCCCACGGAAAUGUGCAGCAUUAAGCUGCUUGAAGGCAACACCAUUGAUUAUCGUGCCUGGCUCAAUUCAGAUCGCAAUCACGAGUACAGUGCUUGGAGUAGUCGCAUGCCGACCACAACCACUAGCAGCAAGGGCAACCAGCAUCGGCAGGAGGGCAAGCAACGCGCCAGCAAGCAGCAGGCAACUUCAGCAGGCGAUACAAUUAAGCGACGUGGCGAUGUGCGUGCUGCCUUCUUGUCGGAAAAGUAUGGACUGCGUUGGCGCCAGCGUGUGCUCGAUAAGGAGAAGGUAAUCAAGCCCCUGGUGUUCAAUGCCAAGUGGAUACAACCGUUGCUCUUCAAUGCCAACUCGCGGUUUGGCCGCCAGUUGGCGUGCUCUCUGCUCAGCGGCCUUUGUCGCACCAGUGAACGCAAGCAGCAGGCGUUAAACAUGCUAACCGGCUUCCUGAAGCAUGUGGGCGAAGCUGGAGAGGCAAGUGCCGAGUUCCUUACGCUCUAUCGCACCGUGGCCACAGAGACACCUUGGCUACAGUAUCUUGUGCUGCGCGGAGUGCUUAACGAUAUUUCCCAAUUGCUCGCUGUGGAGAUAACUAAAAUACAUCGCAUGGAGGAGCACUCGCUGUCAUCGGACCUAUCGCUGGGCUAUGCUUUGCGCCAGUAUGUGGAGCUCUUGUGGCUGUUCCUUGAGUGCCCCAACAUUCGACGCACCUACAAGACGCGUCUGCUGGGUCCAGUGCUGGAGAGCUAUUUGGCAUUGCGUAGUCUGGUGGUGCAACGUACUCGUCUGAUCGAUGAUGCGCAGGAGAAGCUGCUGGAGAUGCUGGAGGAGAUGACUAGCGGCACAGAGGAGGAGACUCGUGCCUUUAUGGAGAUUCUCAUCGAUACGGUGGAGAAGACACGCAUGAAUGACAUCAAAACACCCGUGUUUAUCUUCGAGCGUUUAUACUCGAUCAUCCAUCCCGAGGAGCACGACGAGAGCGAAUUCUACAUGACACUGGAGAAGGAUCCACAGCAGGAGGACUUUUUGCAAGGUCGUAUGCUCGGCAAUCCGUAUCCAUCCAGCGAGGUGGGCUUGGGACCGCUAAUGCGCGAUGUGAAGAACAAAAUCUGCACAGAUUGCGAGCUGAUUGCGCUGCUCGAGGAUGACAACGGCAUGGAGCUGCUGGUCAACAACAAGAUAAUUAGCCUGGAUCUGCCUGUGAAGGAUGUGUACAAGAAAGUUUGGCUGGCCGAAGGCGGCGAUCGGGACGCCAUGCGCAUUGUUUAUCGCAUGCGUGGCUUGCUCGGCGAUGCCACCGAAGAAUUUGUGGAAACACUCAAUAACAAGAGCCAAGAGCAAGUGGACACCGAGCAGCUGUAUCGUAUGGCCAAUGUGCUGGCCGAUUGCAAUGGACUGCGUGUAAUGCUGGAGCGCAUCGGCAGCCUGCAGCGCAUCUCGCGACAACGUGAACUCAUUCAGGUGCUGCUCAAGUUAUUCCUCAUCUGUGUCAAGGUGCGACGCUGUCAGGAGGUGCUCUGCCAGCCCGAGGUGGGCGCCAUCAAUACGCUGCUUAAGGUGCUGCAGAUGUGCCUGCAAUCGGAGAACGAUUCUAUUCAAUCGGCUGUCACGGAACAGUUGCUCGAAAUCAUGGAAACCAUACUUUCAAAGGCCGCCAGCGAUACGCUUGACUCGUUUUUGCAGUUCUCGCUCACUUUUGGUGGUCCCGAGUAUGUCAGUGCGUUGAUCUCCUGCACCGAUUGUCCCAAUGUGCGCAACAAUCCAUCGGUGUUGCGGCAUCUCAUUCGUGUGCUGGCUGCGCUUGUCUAUGGCAACGAGGUCAAAAUGGCGCUGCUCUGCGAACACUUUAAGCACACACUUGACUUCAAUCGCUUUGAUACUGAGCGCACCACUGAGGAGGAAUUCAAGCUGGAACUGUUCUGCGUGCUCACCAAUCAGAUUGAGCACAAUUGCAUUGGCGGCACCCUUAAGGAUUACAUCGUUAGCCUGGGCAUAGUGGAGCGAGCACUCGCCUACAUAAUGGAGCAUGCGCCAUGUGUGAAACCAACGCUGCUGCGAACGGACUCGGAUGAGCUAAAGGAGUUUAUAUCGCGACCCAGCUUGAAGUACAUAUUGCGCUUCCUCACCGGCCUCGCCAAUCAUCAUGAGGCCACACAGCUGGCCAUCAGCAAAGACAUUAUACCUAUUAUACAUCGACUGGAGCAGGUGUCGAGCGACGAGCAUGUCGGCAGUUUGGCCGAGAAUCUGCUAGAGGCACUCAGCACCGAUGCGGCGACGGCAUCGCGUGUUCAACAGGUGCGCGACUUUACGCGCGCCGAGAAGAAGCGACUGGCGAUGGCGACGCGAGAGAAGCAACUGGAUGCACUCGGUAUGCGCACCAACGAGAAGGGACAGGUGACAGCCAAGGGAUCAAUACUGCAGAAAAUCGAAAAGCUGCGCGACGAGACGGGCCUGACGUGCUUCAUCUGCCGCGAGGGCUACUCCUGCCAGCCUGAGAAGGUGCUGGGCAUCUACACUUUCACCAAGCGCUGCAAUGUUGAGGAAUUUGAGCUAAAGUCACGGAAGACCAUUGGAUACACCACUGUUACCCACUUUAAUGUCGUGCACGUGGAUUGUCACACCUCGGCCAUACGCUUGACGCGUGGCCGCGAUGAGUGGGAUCGUGCCAGUCUGCAGAAUGCCAACACUCGGUGCAAUGGGCUGCUGCCACUGUGGGGACCAGCUGUUGGUGAGGCCGCCUUCUCCGGUUGCAUGACCCGCCACAGCAGCUACAUGCAGGAGAGCACCCAGCGUUGCGACAUCUCGUAUACGAGCAGCAUACACGAUCUGAAGCUGCUGCUGGUGCGUUUCGCCUGGGAGCGUAGCUUCCACGAUGAUGCUGGCGGCGGCGGCCCACAAUCCAAUAUGCACUUUGUGCCCUACCUGCUCUUCUAUGCGGUCUAUUUGCUGCUCUCCUCACGCUCUGCGGCCAGGGAUAGUAAAACUCUGCUCAAUUAUCUAACUGCAGCGCCCAGCGAAAAAUGGCUGGAGUGUGGCUACGAGGUCGAUGGACCACUCUACCAGCUGACCAUUUCGCUGUCACUGCACAGUCGCGAGAUGUGGAACAAGCAUAAGCUGGCGCAUCUAAAGCGUCUCGUGGCAGUGGCCCAGGCGCGUCAUGUGUCACCGUCUGUGCUGUGCAAGGCGCUGCUAGCGCCAUCAGAUCGUCAGGCCAAGGAGUAUGCAGUGUAUAAGCCGUUCCUUAUGAUGUGGUCACUCAUCGAUAUGAUCUACAACACGCUGUUCAAGACCGUCAGCACGCCCAAGGAGGAGGAUUGGCAGGCUUCGCUGUUUGAGUACAUACGCAAGAACGAUGAGGCCAUGCUCAAGUCCACAGACAGCAUUCUGCAGACGUUAACGGAUGAGUUUUUGCCCUGCACCUCCUUUGCAGAGUUCUGCGAUGUAGCAGGUUUACUAAAUCUGAUUGAGCAGCCGGACAGCUUUAUCGAGGAGGUGCUCGCCACGCUGCCCACCACGAAUGCGACCAGCUCUAGUUAAAUUCAAGAAUACAGCAGUAGAGUUUUCAGCAUAUUUUACAAUGGAUGCAACUUAAUGAACUUACACUAACACUAAUCGGCGGAUCAGCUGCAGCUGUGUGUUUCGCUUAUAAGCAUAAUAUGCAUAAUAAUACUUAUAUAUUUAUCACCUAUAUCUAUUUAAUCAAUAAAAUUAUUCGUUUGCACAAUGAAAAAGAACA